AUGUCUUCCUCCACCGAAGGCAAAUCCAUCACCUGCAAAGCCGCCGUGGCCUGGGAAGCCGGCAAAGACCUCUCGCUCGAGGACGUCGAGGUCUUGCCGCCCCGCGCCCACGAGGUGCGGAUAGAGGUGUACUAUACCGGCGUGUGCCAUACGGAUGCGUACAUGCUGAGUGGGAAGGACCCGGAGGGCGCGUUCCCGGUCAUUGCGGGACAUGAGGGCGCGGGCAUCGUGGAGAGUGUGGGCGAGGGGGUGACGAAUGUGAAGAAGGGGGAUACGGUUGUUGCGCUUUACACCCCAGAAUGCGGCGAAUGCAAGUUCUGCACCUCCGGCAAGACGAACCUCUGUGGCAAGAUUCGCGCCACCCAAGGCAAAGGCGUCAUGCCCGAUGGCACAUCUCGCUUCAGGUGCAAGGGCAAAGACCUCCUGCACUUCAUGGGCUGCUCCACCUUCUCGCAAUACACCGUCGUCGCGGACAUCUCCGUCGUCGCCGUCACGGAAAAGGCGCCUAUGGACAGGACGUGCUUGCUCGGCUGCGGUAUCACGACGGGCUACGGUGCGGCCGUCAUCACAGCCGGCAAGGGUGGUGUUGAGAAGGGAUCGAAUGUCGCUGUCUUCGGUGCGGGCUGUGUCGGUCUCUCCGUCAUGCAGGGCGCGAAGAGGAACGGUGCAGGCAAGAUCAUCGCGGUGGAUGUGAACGAUUCGAAGAAGGAGUGGUCGAGCAAGUUCGGUGCUACGGACUUCGUGAACCCGGCCAAGGACCUCAAGGAUGGCGAGACGAUCCAGCAGAGACUGAUUGAUAUGACCGACGGCGGCUGCGAUUACACCUUCGAUUGUACUGGUAACGUGCAUGUCAUGCGUUCGGCGCUCGAGGCAUGCCACAAGGGUUGGGGUGAGAGCAUCAUCAUUGGUGUUGCGGCUGCUGGUCAGGAGAUCGCUACACGACCAUUCCAACUCGUCACCGGCCGCGUCUGGAAAGGCUGUGCCUUCGGCGGCGUCAAGGGCCGCAGCCAAAUGGGCGGCCUCGUCGACGACUACAUGACCGGCAAGCUCAAGGUCGACGAGUUCAUCACCCACCGACAAAACCUCUCGGGCGUCAACCAAGCCUUCCACGACAUGCACGCCGGUGACUGCAUUCGGUGUGUGGUGGAUAUGAGGAAGCUCUAG